AUGAGGCAACCUACAGGUUUUGAAUCUACUUUGCAUCCUACUCAUGUGUGUAAGCUUAAUAAAGCUAUCUAUGUUCCGAAACAAUCUCCACGAGUUUGGUACAAUGAGCUGAAAAAUCAUCUUCUCGCCCUUGGUUUUAUUAAGUAUGAAUUUGAUGCAUCUCUUUUUAUUCUAUAUAAAUCUGGAGUUACUGUAUACAUCAUUGUUUAUGUGGAUGAUAUAAUUGUGAAUGGUAACCAGCCACAAACAGUGAAGUCCACAAUUGAUGCUUUGUCUUCAAGGUUCUCUCUUAAAGAUCUUGGGUUGCUUCAUUACUUUCUCGGUGUUGAGGUUACACAGACAGCAGAUGGUUUGCUCAUAUCUCAGCAUAAGUAUAUCAAAGAUCUUCUCCAAGAUGUAAACAUGGCUGAAUGCAAAGGUGUUCUCACACCUAUUACAUCUACAUGUACCUUUGAAACUUCUCAUGAGGAUUCCAAAGUGGAUGGCACUCUUUAUCGUCGAGUCAUUGGAAAGCUUCAUUACAUGUUCUUCACUCGGCCUGACAUUGCCUUUGCAAUAAGUAAAUUAUCUCAAUUCAUGCAUCAACCGGGUGUUUCUCAUUGGAAAGUUGUCAAGCGUCUUUUGAGAUAUCUUUGUCAUACUUCUCAUAUUGGUAUUAAGCUUGCUAAAAAAUCUACUGCUCAAUUGGUUGCCUAUUCUGAUUCGGAUUGGGCUAGUGACCCACUUGAUCGUACUUCUAUCACGGGGUAUAUUGUAUAUCUUGGUGAUUCUUUUAUCAUGUAUCUUUUACCAUGUUAG